AAGAAAAUUGUCAGGUUUCUGUUCAGGCAAAUGUUCGGGCAGUUGCGGUUCCGGUCCUUGAGGUGACUUUCAGUCGGCUAACAGUAGUGGGGUUAAGUCAGCGUCGACAAACACUUCAACAUGGCUCAGGCAGUGCAGAAAUUGGUCGCUAAAGUACCUAGUCUCGUCGGCGCCGCUGUCACCUAUUCCAAACCUCGUCUUGCAACCUUCUGGUACUACGCCCGUGUGGAGCUUGUGCCCCCCAGCCCUGCUGAGAUUCCCAAAGCCAUCGAGGGAGCUUCAAAUCUGAUCAAGGGUUUCCAGACAGGACGCCUUGGUCAAACCACUGUGAAGGAUGCUUUAAGGAAUGGACUGGUGGCCACUGAGGUUCUCAUGUGGUUCUACAUCGGAGAGUGCAUCGGCAAAGGAAGCAUAAUCGGCUAUGAUGUCUAGAUUUUGGACUUGAUGUUUUGUUCUUUGACCAUUGUAUGCUCAGCUUCCUGUAAGAAUCCUGGGAACCAAUAAACAGAAAUUUAUUGUUUUUUGA